AUGAGCGAAAGAUAUUCGAAAAAUGGAGUACAUACUUUCGAAAAUGUUGUUGGUCAUUUAGCACAAAAUGAAGAACAAGUACAUCCGCUUGGUUCCAUCGGUGGUUAUGAAUGGAAGUUGGGGUUGGGAGUAUACGAUGAAACAGAUUUUCGGACCUCUCUCAUCUGUGGAAAUGACAAUCCAAAAGUUAAGAUUGGGAUCCGUUAUUAUCUUAAAAUCAAGAACUCUUAUGAGAUUCUCCAAGAAAAGUUCAAGAGAGAAGACUUCACGAACUUGGAGAGUGAUAGUGUUGUGAUUAGCAAAUACAUUCCACUUUUGGAGGUUUUGAAUCUGAAAAAUGGAUGGUUGAAUGAUGGGAAAUGUACAGUGGAAUAUGGAAUUCAAGUCGAAUUUAUUCUAGGAUACGAUGGAAUUUGGAAAUUUAAUUUCUACGAAGAAUUGUUCGAUUCCAAACAGAAGGAGAAUAUGAUCAGUUUUUACAAAAAGAUAGAUUCAAAUGAUAGAUUCUUGUAUUCUCAUAAGCAGGUUUUGAGCCAUAACUGUUUACAUUACUGUGAUAUCACUACAGAAUCUCAUCACGAACUGAUUCCGGAUAAUGUCGAGUUUGAUCAUUUGGAACAAUGUUUGCAAAUGGCUCAUGGAGUUCAAAUAGAAUUGGGAAUUGGAACAUUAGAUCAAUUUUCAAGCUACGCUUUAUGUAGUCCAAAUCUUUGGAUGAUCGUUGCGUGUUCAUGUAUGACACUCUUAACAAUGAUAUUAAUGAUGUAUAUGCAACACGGAUUCAGAAGAGAUAUGAGGUGGCUUCAGUUUGCUCAGUGGAAGCUGAAUCAAUUAGCUGAACGUCUUCGUUAUCAAGAACCAAAUGUGACACUUCUUGAGCAGAUAACAAGAAAAGUGAAUGAGAAAAAGAAUACAGAUAAGCAUGCAUUCGACUUCUUCAAUAAUAAUCGAGAUGCUAAUAAUAAUGUUCCUGGAGUAAUUAAUCAGAAUAAAAUGACAAAUACAGAAAAAGAAUCGAAUGGAGAAACGGAUCGAGUAGCUGCUCAAGUCAAAAAAGCGAAAGAUGAUGACGCUGAAAAGGUGUUGAAAGACCAGAAUAUUGAUGCAAAUACUCCAUUAGUUCCAAAUCCACAACCAAAAUCAGGCGGAUCUCAGAAAAUACUAAAGAAAUGGACCGAAGCAACGAAGGAUAUUCUGGCGAUUGACGACAACAAUGAUGAUGAAAAAGGGAAACCUCGAGUCGAUAAAACUCAAGAUGAUUGA